AUGAUGACGACACGACGACACCCACGCAAUCAUCUAAAACUUGAAAAACACCGAAAAUGCUCGAAGAUGAAAGUGCCAAAUCUGCCAAGGUUGGAACAAAAGGGAUUGUGUGCGAAAGCGAAAACUCUGAACAUAAGAAAGGAAGCUGAAACACAGCCCACGCAUGAAGAGGAAACGAACGCUGUUCAUCAUGUAGCAGAUGCAAACGUGGUA